GGAGAAAGAGGCGGUGGUGGGUGGAAGAAGGGCUGCUUAUUGAACUGGCAUCCAAGUAAAAAAAAAGGGGUUGCAUUGCAGAAGUCCUGGAGGACUUGCAAAGAUCACAUGUGAGGCUGACGUCAGAACCUGGGGGUAGGCUUCUUUUUGUCCCCCACCCCUACCCCUGCACUACAUUUGGCAGUAAGGGACAGAAAGUGAAGUGGGCAGAGAAUACGUAGCAGGCCUGAAGCCUUCCUUGAUUUGAGGAGACGGGAUGGCUUCUGAGGAGAAGGUGACCACCCCCCUUAGUCUCCCGGAAUGUUUUCCCACCAAGCAGGAGGUUGAGAAGAUGGCCGCACAGCCCCCGUGGGUCACUGGAGAUGAUUUGGAAGGCACCAAAAUGAGCAAUCACAUUGCCCAGGUUAAAACGGAAGAGCCCCCUGCCUGCGAGGACGCCCAGUGGAAAGACAUAACUGGAGCAGCCAACAUCUCCCACUCGGUACUCAAGAAUGCUCCUUUACCAGACCCCCUUUGCUGGGAUGAUAUCUUUCCGCCUUCUGUUGAGAAGGCGAUGAAUGCCCAUACUGAAAAGUGGGCAGCCCAGUUCAUGCCGGGCCUCAAGGAAGAAGCUCGAUUGGAGGACAGGGACGUGGGAGACUAUGGCAAGGUGAAGGCAGCCAUCUUGCGGGUGGACGCCAUCAGCACGGAAGUCCAGCGACAGCACUUCCGGCGCUUCCAGUACAAGGAGGCUGAUGGCCCCCGGGAGGCUUGUAGCCGGCUCUGGUUCCUUUGCCACCGGUGGCUGAAGCCGGAGAGGCACACCAAGGAGCAGAUACUCGAGCUGCUAAUCUUGGAGCAGUUCCUGGCCAUCUUGUCUCCAGAACUCCAGAGCUGGGUCAAAGAUGGCUGCCCAGAGACUUGUGCCCAGGCAGUGAUUUUGGCAGAAGAAUUCCUCCUGAGGCAGCGACAGGCUGAGACACCAGAGCAGCCGGCAGCCGAGGUGUUUGAGGUGGCGAGCGUGGGCUCCCCAAAGGCGGAUGGGCUUCCAUUGGACCCCAACCAAAAACAGCUGUGCUUGGAUGUCAAAGAGGAGAGCCUUCUAGAUGACGGUAACUCUUUGGGCAAUUCUCACGUGAGUGACAACGACGUGGAGAUUCCCCAUCCAGAGAAGGCUGAAACAGAGGAGCCAGAUGAGGCCUCCGUGGUCAGCAUUGAGACGUUUCCCUUGAUUUGCAAAGAGGGAGAUGCAUCCAAUGGUCAGAUGCCCCAGAAACCACGGGGAAAGCCCCCACGGAAGAGGGUGCGCAAAUCCAUUCCAUUAGCGGGGGGCUACAAAGACCUCCACGAAGCCUCGGCUGAGGAGGAAGCCCAGCAAGGAGAGAUGCCCGUGAAGAUCAUCGUACUCAAAGGUAACCUGGGCCAAGGUUCAGAUCACACCGGAGAGAGAGUUCACAAGUGUUCGGUCUGCGGCAAGGCCUUCAGCCUUCGAUCGCGCCUCAUUGUCCACGAGAGAACCCACACAGGGGAGAAACCAUACACGUGCUCUGAGUGUGGGAGGAGCUUCAGCGUGAGCUCGAGUCUCAUCGCCCACCGGAGAACCCACACCGGAGAGAAACCCUACAAAUGUUCCCACUGCGCCAAGAGCUUCAGCGUGAAGUCAGGGCUGAUUGCCCACGAACGAACCCACACGGGAGAGAAGCCGUACAAAUGCUUAUACUGUAGCAAGAGUUUCCGACGCAACUCGGGCCUGGUGAGUCACCAGAGGAUCCACACUGGUGACAAGCCAUACCAAUGCUCGGUAUGCGAGAAGAGCUUCAGCGACAUCUCCAACCUCAUUACCCAUCACCGGAUCCACACAGGAGAAAAACCAUACAAGUGCCUGGAGUGUGGGAAGAGCUUCAGUCAGAGUUCAUACCUCAAUAGCCACCAGAGAAUCCACACAGGGGAGAAACCGUAUGAAUGCUCGGAAUGUGGGAAAACCUUCAGCGUCAGCUCUCGCCUUCGAAAACAUCAGAGAAGCCACACUGGGGAGAGGCCGUUUGUAUGCUUGGACUGUGGGAAGACGUUCAGUGAGAGCUCAGAUCUCCUUGCGCACGAGAGAGCUCACACCGGUGAAAAGCCCUACAAGUGUUCGUACUGCGGGAAGAGUUUCUUGCGCAGCUCGGAGGUGGUGAGCCACGAGAGGAUCCACACCGGCGAGAAACCAUACCACUGCUCCGAGUGUGGGAAAAGCUUCAGUGUCAGCUCCCGCCUCAGUGCACACCGGAGAAUCCACACUGGAGAGAAGCCUUUUCAGUGUCCAGUGUGCGAGAGAAGCUUCAGCUACAAGUCCCACCUUAUCACCCACCAGAGAAUCCACACAGGAGAGAAACCGUUCCAGUGCUCAGUUUGUGGGAAGAGUUUCCGGGGAAGCUCCAGUCUCGUUGCCCACGAGAGAACGCACACGGGGGAGAAGCCGUACCGCUGCUUGGACUGUGGGAAAAGUUUCACUCAGAGCUCAAAUCUUAUUAGUCAUCAGAGAAUCCACACAGAUGGGAAUUCGUGAAGAUAUCCGCGGGAUGAACUUCGGUAGGUCACGUAGGACCCCACCGUCACCUCUCCACCUUUAGUUUCUUAAUAAAACGUGGCCCUUUUA